AUGCCGGUCCAGGUCGAACAUGGCCCAGAUUUUGACUUUCGAGGCGGCGCAAUAGAUUUUACAAAUGUCGAAUUUCGCUAUGAAGGGAAGAAGGAUUCUACGUUGAACGGUCUCUAUCUCCAGAUCGCAGCAGGAACGAAAGUUUCAAUUGUCGGAAAAUCAGGAUCUGGCAAGUCGACAAUGCUGAAACUACUGCUGGGACUUCUGAAACCCAGCAGCGGGCAUAGACGAGUCGAUAACCAGAAGGUCGAAGACAUCAGCAUCUCAUCACUUCGGUCUCACAUCGGAAUCGUUGCCCAGAAUGCGCGUCUUUUCAAUCAAAGCGUUAUGGAUAAUAUACGAUGUUUUGCCAACCAAGAUGUCACCGACGUAGAGGUUGAAAACGCUUGCCGGCGCGCGUGUAUUCAUCAAACUAUCAAGUCGCUUCCGGAUGUGUUGGACGAGGCAACAAGUGCCCUAGAUGUUGACACCAAGGCCUCUGUUCAGAAGGCCAUCCGCGAGGCAUUCCUUAACAUGACUGUGAUACAGAUUGAGUGA